AUGAAGGACUACUCAGAUGUUAUUCUCUGCGUGGAGGCAAAGGAGUUGAGCAAGACUGAGUUCUGCAAUCCUGCUUUUGAACCUGAAUCAGGGCCACCGUGUCCCCCACCAGCCCUCCAGGAGGAUGCCAACAGCAGCACCCAAGCUCCCUGGCACGGUCGGCACCCCCGAGGGCUGCAGCCAGACUGCCAUUUCUCCUGGCUCUGUGUCCUCCUGCUGGCCAGUCUGCUGCUCCUGCUGCUCGGGCUGUUGGUGGCCAUCAUCCUGGCCCAAUUGCAGGCUGCACCCCCACCCGGGGCCACCUCUAUCCCACUGCCUGCCCGAGGCUUCGCCACCACCACCACCACCACCUCUCUGGCUCCUGGGACACCUAGAGGGCAGCAGGAGUCAGGCAUGAGCCCCAUACCCCAGUCCACCUGUGGGGGUCUCCUUCCUGGCCCAAGGGGUUUCUUCAGCAGCCCAAACUACCCAGACCCUUACCCACCCAAUGCACACUGCGUGUGGCAUAUCCAGGUGGCCACAGACCAUACAAUACAGCUCAAGAUUGAGGCCCUCAGCCUGGAGAGCGUGGCCUCCUGUCUUUUUGAUCGCUUGGAAAUCUCUCCUGAGCCUGAGGGCUCCCUCCUCAGGGUGUGUGGAAGGGUGCCUCCCCCCACGCUCAACACCAAUGCCAGCCGCCUCCAGGUGGCCUUCGUCUCUGACAGCAGUGUAGAAGGAUUUGGUUUCCAUGCCUGGUACCAGGCUGUGGCCCCUGGGCAUGGCAGCUGUGCCCAUGAUGAGUUCGCCUGUGACCAGCUUGUCUGCCUGUUACCUGACUCAGUGUGCGACGGCUUUGCCAACUGUGCUGAUGGCAGUGACGAGACCAACUGCAGUGCCAAGUUCUCGGGCUGUGGGGGGAACCUGACUGGCCUCCAGGGUGCUUUCUCUACUCCCAACUACCUGCAAUGGGUCCCUCACCAACAGCUUUGCACCUGGCAUAUCUUGGUGCCUGCCGGACACGGUGUAGAACUGCAGUUCCAAAACUUCAGCUUGGAAGCCCAGGACGAGUGCAAGUUUGACUACGUGGAGGUGUAUGAGACCAGAAGCUCAGGGGCCUUCAGCCUCCUGGGCAGGUUCUGUGGAACAGAGCCACCCCCCGACCUCAUCUCCUCACACCGCGAGCUGGUUGUGCUCUUUAGGACAGACCAUGGCAUCAGCAGUGGGGGCUUCUCAGCCACCUACCAGGCCUUCAAUGCCACAGAGAACCCCUGUGGGCACAGACAGUUCUCCUGCCAGGAUGGAGGGUGUAAGGGUCUGCAGUGGAUGUGUGACAUGUGGAGAGACUGCGCAGGCGGCGGCGAUGACAACUGCAGCAGCCCCUUGUUCCCACCCCCAGAGCUGGCCUGUGAGCCUGUCCAGGUGGAGAUGUGCAUCGGUCUGAGCUACAACACCACGGCCUUCCCUAACAUCUGGGUGGGCAUGGCCACCCAGGAAGAGGUGGUAGAGGUCCUCAAAGGUUACAAGAGCCUGACCAGUCUACCCUGCUACCAGAAUUUCCGGAGGCUCCUUUGUGGGCUGCUUGUGCCCCACUGCACCCCACUAGGCAGUGUCCUUCCCCCUUGCCGCUCUGUCUGCCAGGAGGCAGAGCGCCAGUGCCAGUCUGGCCUGGCACUCCUAGGCACCCCAUGGCCCUUCAACUGCAACAGGCUGCCUGAGGCAGCUGGCCUGGAAGCUUGUGCCCAGCCCUGA